AUGGACGCGUCAAUUUUAAAUGCUGAUGUUCUCGAGAUUAUCUUCAAACAUUUGAGUAUCCGUGAUUUACUUUCGGCACUUCUAGUCAAUCGACUAUGGUGUCGAGAAGCUGUACCAAUAUAUUGGAAAGCUCCAUUCAGUUAUACAUCGAAAAGAAGUAUGGCUGCGUCAAAGACUUACGAAUUGUUCCUUGAACAAGGAAAUCGUACCCUUUACGAUUAUCCAUCGUUUCUAAAAAAACUAAAUUUUACAAACCUCCUGACAACUUUAGACGCAAGCAAGAGGUUCAUAAAGAUCAAUGCCAUACUUCGAAUGCUAACAAAUCGUGGUGUUUGUCUAAAAUCCUUUAUAAUGGAUAGCACUGCUGGAAGACUUUAUGGAAGUUGGGCAGCACCGGAAUACGCUUCCGUACUCAGUUCUCUCGUUUUUGUCAAAAUAUAUACCCCUUUUCAAAAAAAUGGCGUUGUAAAAUCAUUAGCAAAAAACUGCACCACACUAUCCCAUCUCGACAUCAAUCUUUUCGACAACUCUACCGGUCGUAUUGAAGAAUUGCUAUCUUCUCUGCAAGAACUGAUUUCUGUUCAGACCUGUCUGUUGAGUCUUCGGCUGGUGUUUGCAAACGGGCCGGGUAAAAGACUAGUCAAAAUACUUCGAUCGCAUCUCGAACGUUUCAAACAUCUUGAACUUGUAAAAUGGAACUUUAACAAUUGUGGAUGGACAUGGCUGUCACGCUGUCCGAAUUUGACCGAAUUCGCAAUCACGAACGCUCCUCCAAAGGGAGUUUGUGACGUUUUAGGCACCAAUUUCAAAAUACAUCGUUUGAAAGUGUCGAAAAAUUCCAAGAUAGCAACUGCGCAUUGGCAUCUUGGCGUAGAUGAUGAAACCUUUUACUUUCAUCCGGAUGAAUCAUCGUUAGAACCAUACGGUGAGGUAGUAGUUCAAUCGAAAUCUUCCAGAACUAAGAAGGAUAUUUUUGGUGAUGACUGGUACUACGAUGAUGAGGAUGAUGAGGAGAAUAUUUCAGAUGAUUUGUACGAUGAUAAUGAUGAUUAUGAGGUGGAGGUGGAGGAGGAGGAGAAGGAGAAGAAGAAUAUUUCAGAUGAUCCGUACGAUGAUGAUGACGAUGAUGAUGAUGACAAUUAUGAGGAGGAGGAGGAGGAGAAUAUUUCAGAUGAUCCUAUCCGUGAUUUACUUUCGGCACUUCUAGUCAAUCGACUAUGGUGCCAAGAAGCUGUACCAAUAUAUUGGAAAGCUCCAUUCAGUUAUACAGAGAAAAGAAGUAUAGCUGCGUCAAAGACUUACGAAUUGUUUCUUGAACAAGGAAAUCGUACUCUUCCAACGCUUUACGAUUAUCCAUCGUUUCUUAAAAAACUAAAUUUUACAAACCUCCUGACAACUUUAGACGCAGACGAGAGGUUCAUAAAGAUCAAUGCCAUACUUCGAAUGCUAACAAAUCGUGGUGCUUGUCUAAAAUCCUUUAUCAUGGAUAGCACUGCUGCUAAUAAGGGAAGACUGUAUGGAAGUUGGACAGCACCGGAAUACGCUUCCGUACUCAGUUCUCUCGUUUUUGUCAAAAUAUAUACCCCUUUUCAAAAAAAUGACGUUGUAAAAUCAUUAGCAAAAAACUGCACCACACUAUCCCAUCUCGACAUCAAUCUUUACGACAACUCUACCAGUCGUAUUGAAGAAUUGUUAUCUUCUCUGCAAGAACUGAUUUCUGUUCAGACCUGUCUGUUGAGUCUUCGGCUGGUGUUUGCAAACGGGCCGGGUAAAAGACUAGUCAAAAUACUUCGAUCGCAUCUCGAACGUUUCAAACAUCUUGAACUUGUAAAAUGGAACUUUAACAAUUGUGGAUGGACAUGGCUGUCACGCUGUCCGAAUUUGACCGAAUUCGCAAUCACCGACGCUCCUCCAGAGGGAGUUUGUGACGUUCUGGGCACCCGUUACGAAAUACAUCGUUUGAAAGUGUCGAAAAAGUCCAAGAUAGCAACUGCGCAUUGGCAUCUUGGCGGAGGUGGUGAAAACUUUUACUUUCAUCCGGAUGAAUCAUCGUUAGAACCAUACGCGAACCAAAUUCGACCUACUUUAAAGAUGCAAUCCUCCUUUCUCCGUCCUUUGACCCCGUCUAUCCCUUCAUGCCUUCCCUGUCUUCGCGCUGUUCCUCUCUUCUCUCCUUCUUUUCGCUAUUAUUCCACAGUUUCAGACGAUUCUUCUGACGAGCCACGCAAGCUCAGCCUUACAGAGAGAUUGAGGAGGAAUCGACGGUCCAUCCCAGAAAGCGAACGCAGCGAGGUGUUUCUGUCACCUCGGGAGACGGAUCAAGACACGUCGUCAGACACAACCACAGCAGGUACGAAAUCCCCAGCAACGCCGAAGCAGCCCGUGGAGCUAUUGCGUAAAUGGGAGAAGCCAGAAAAGUUAAACUUUGGAGUUGAUGUUACAUCCGGUGCGGAUUAUGACGCUACAAAAUACGUGAUUAUUUCCAAAUUACCGUCGACUAUUGUGCCAAGCGAUAUUUAUCGCUUGGUCUCUCGGGCUGCAUAUAACGAAGAUUCUAUUCCCAUGCCGCAAAUCGAAUUUGUUCGCUCAAAACAACUCGAAUUCAGCGGACGAGUAGUCUGCCAGUUUAGGAAUAAACAUGAAGCGCAAAGCUUUGUUAGAGAUAACGCAAUGACUACUGUAGGAGGGAGCAGAAUCGCUUUUGACUAUCUUUAUGAAAACAGCGAUCUUCUUCCAGAAAGAGUUUGCCAUCCGUUGUUGAAAGGCGCAUCCGGCAGAUCGAUCUUGCUCUCUGGGUUACCAAAACCGACCGAGGCUGAUAUGCUGUGGAUAGAGUACAGGACUUAUGAUAUUGAUAAUGGACCAAAUAGCAUCGAGAAUAUACAACUAGGAAAGACGGUAUGGACAUCUCGAUGGUUCAUAAAAUUUAAAACGCUCUCAGAGGCAUAUCGUUUUGUACGUGAAAGGAACAAUACUUACUGGCGACGAGUAACUUUUGGUCAGCAGUAUUCUAUUAACGCACACGUAUUAUAUUAA